GUAGGUGAAGACGUGAAGAAGGACCAGGUGAUUGCCACCAUUGAGACCGACAAGGUCACAGUGGAUGUCAAGGCGCCGCAAGAUGGCCGGCUCCUGGAAAUCAAGAUCCAGGCUGAUGAAAAUUGCGAAGUCGGCCAGGUGCUAGCAGUUCUCGGGCCUCCGGGCGAGGGUGCGCCAGCUGCAGCCGAGGCGGCGGCCCCGGCGGCAGCCGCCCCUGCAGCAGCGCCGGCAGCGAAAGCUGGGCCAAAGGUUGAUGUCGCUGUGCUUGAUCUGGGCGGCGAGAGCAUCACCGAGGGAGCGAUUGCCGAGUGGACCGCCAAGGUCGGGCAAAACGUGAAAAAGGACCAGGUGAUAGCCACCAUCGAGACCGACAAGGUCACGGUGGACGUCAAGGCGCCACAGGAUGGCCAGCUCCUCGAGAUCAAGUGCCAGGCGGAGGAGACUGUCGCAGUCGGUCAAGUUCUAGCAGUUCUCGGGCCGCCUGGCGACGGCGCGCCUGUUGCAACCGAGGCUGCUGCCCCGGCCGCUGCAGCCGCAGCAGCGGCACCGAAGGCGGCGCCAAAGGCCGAAGGUUGGAAACUGGUGACGGGGCAGGGUUGCGACCCCUACCUCGUUGGCUACGUGACCUUUGUGGCCACCGACGCAGCAAAGGUUCUACAGGCAUCCGGCAAGAACGGCCUCUUCUCGGAGCCUUUAGCAAGAGAUCAGGCUUGCAAGCCUUUGGUCCAAUGGUGUGACACUGGGGAUCUGGUUGGGAUAGCCUACUUGCGGAGAUGCCUCCAGGAGGCUGCCGGCCAACCUCUGGCCUUGAGGAAGGGGCAGGGAGCAUGCAUAGGCAUCCGGGCAAAGUGCGGCGAACCGGUGCAGGCCAGGAACACCUGGCGCGUGAGAGGCGUCCCGAAGGCCCUGCUGGGGGCUGAUUUUCUCAAGGUCGAGGUUCUCAGCGAGGCUCAGGGCAGUAGGCCGUGGCUCAUUCGAGCGGAGCAAACCAACGACCGCGGUGAGCUUGCGAUGUUGGUGGAAGCCGGUGACAAGACCUUGCGCAUAGAAAGGGUCAUCGGCAGGCAGAAGGCGGGCAACUUCUCGGAGAAACAGUGGCUGCCGCCACGGCAAGGCAAGGGAAAGGCUCAGGGUAAAGGCAAGGCGACUGAGGCCAGGUCCGAUCCCGCGCACACACCCAUGACACUUGACCUCGAGGACGACGAGGAGAGGGCGCGGAGCACCGCCGCAGCCGCCGCAGACGGCCUGCACCAACAGGCCACAGGGCAUUGCUUUUUCAAUUGCGUCACUGCGGGCUUUGUCCUGAAGACCUCACGGUCUGCUUUCGAAGACAUCAAGGAUGACUUGAAUGCCAAAGGCCGUGGGCUGCGCAGCCGCGUGGCCUCUUACAUCCAGGGACAUGAGGACCGCUUUAGGCCGUGCUUCGAACCGAGCUGUGUGAGCCCUGACUCUGCAGACACAGCCGCGGAGGCGGCUCACUUGAAAACCAUGGAGGACGGUGCGCCCCCGAGCACUUGGCAGGAGUACUUGGCGGCCAUCUGGCGUCCUGCAAGAUGGGCCGAUGAAAUCAGCUUCAGGGCUGCUGCGGCAUUGCUGGGAAUCUCCCUGCAGUUGGUGUGCGGCAAAUUGGAGAAGCCAGACCAGGUGCUCUCUUACACGAACCCUAAGUCGGCGACCACCAUUUUCCUGCAUUACUCCCUUGGGCACUACACUCUCCUUAUCCCGAGGGGAGACAAGUUGCCUCACUACAUCAACCAGGAGGCCGCUGCACAAACAGCCUCACAGGCAUUCGCCCCCCGGGGGGGUGGCAAACGGCACCACGGAGCGCCUCAGGCCCCUGCACUCAACAACGCGGACGACUCUUGGAUCCCUGCACAUGUGUCCUCUGAGGAUGAGAGUGCUCCACAGCAGCCUGCACCCAGGCCCGACAAGCCACGGCCAGCGAGUGUUAAGCGCACAGGCCUUGGUGCACAACGUGUUGGAACGGCUGGAAGCCAGCCACGGCAACAUAGAGCCAAGGGCAAGCGCAUGCCUCGUCCGACCGCGCAGCAGCGCAGCCUGCGCAUGAAGGGCAUCUCCACUGCAGUGAGCAAGGCUCGCCAAAAACACUGCACGGUAGGCCGGAAAAAGCAAUGGACCUGCAACAUCUGCAAUUUGGAGGUCAAGGCAGGCUCCAUGAGACAGCUGUCGAUUAGCCGCUAUGGGCACAUUAAGCGAGUGCACCCACGAGUGCCCCUCACCGACAUCAGGUCAAUCAUUCCGGUGGUGCCGACCGUCUUGGACACGGCACAGCCUGCCUGGAUGUGUGGCUACUGCCAUACCUUCUUGCCAAGGUUAGCCUCGCCUUGCGCAGUGAACAAGUCAGCCAAGGCUCACCUUAAGCGCUGUGACCUCGCUCCCGCCGAGGCCACCCUGACCCAAAACCUCAGACAAAUCCUGACGGCUGCAGGCAUCGUACCCCCAGCCCGGGGAGCUGAUCUGAGCCAGACUUUUGGGAGGAAGAUAGACCUUGAGCAGUACAGGCCAACCUCCAAGGAGCUCAAGGAACUGACCGCUGAGUGUAAACGGGACCCCUUGCCGCCCGUACGCCGCGCCUUGGCAAGCAGGCAUUGUGCUAUGCACGGCAGCCAGCAUAACCAGGGAAAGAAGCGAAG